AUGUCUCCCUUCAUUCCCUCCACCGGCCAUGCGGUUGACGCCACCGUAAAAGCUCAUAAGCUCAUCACUGCGGACCCGAAUAAGUACAUUUUGUUCAAGCAGGUCAUCGUCGCAGGCCUUCCCGGCACUGGUACCGAUGGCGUCGCUGCCGCCCUGAAGAAACUUGGUUUCAUCGUUUACGACGCCGCCGAGGCUGCGAAGAAUCAUGAUCGCGACUUCGCCCUUUGGGUCGAAGCUGCCGAAGCUAAGAAGGCCGGCACCCCGUAUGGUCGUAAUGAGUUCGACAAGCUCACUGGCCGCUAUAAUUCUCUUGUCGGAGCCCCAGCUGCCUUCUUCAUGGAGGACCUCGUCAAGGCUUACCCAGACACCAAGAUCAUCCUUGUCACGACCGAUACCAAUUCCUUCGCCAAGAACAUCAAGAAGUCUAUUUUCUUUUACGCCGACUCUACCUUCAGUCCUCUCAAACUCCUUGUCCACUAUGAGCCUUCCUUCUAUGGCCUUAUCUCCUCUUUCCUCCAGACAUGCGUGAAGCCCUUCUUCGGUGGCUCCUUCACUCCUGCUACCGCCAAGAUCGCCUACACCCAGCACAUUAACUCCAUACGGGCCGCCGUUCCUUCCAAGCGGCUUCUAGAGAUUGACCAAUUGAAGAGCUGGGACUCACUGUGCGCAUUUGUUGGCAAGCCCAUCCCAUCUGAGCCUAUUCCAUCCAGUCAU